AUGGCAGCUCUCAUUCUCCCAACUCUCACUGCAGCCUUCUCCUUCCUCCUCCUCUUCACCCCCCACACCCAAGCCCAAACCGCACCCGCCCCGGGCCCCGCGGGCCCACUCAACUUCACCGGCAUCCUCGACAAGAACGGCCAAUUCACCACCUUCAUCCGCCUCCUAAUCCAAACCCAAGUAGCAUCCCAAAUUACAAACCAACUCAACAGCUCCACCGAGGGCCUAACCGUCUUUGCCCCGACAGACAAUGCUUUCACCAGCCUCAAAGCCGGCACACUCAACAGUCUCACAACCCAACAACAAGUAGCCGUUGUGCUCUACCAUGUGCUGCCCAAAUAUUACACUCUGACCAGUCUUUUAACGGUGUCAAACCCCGUUAGAACUCAGGCCACGGGCCAAGACGGCGGCGCGUACGGGCUGAACUUCACAGGGUCGGGAAACCAAGUUAAUGUGUCUAGUGGGGUGGUGGAGACUCAGAUCAACAAUGCACUUAGACAACAGUUUCCAUUGGCCGUUUACCAAGUGGACAAAGUACUGUUGCCUAAUGACUUGUUUGGCGCCAAGGCACCUGCAUCGGCUCCUCCUCCAGCUAAGACCCCCUCAUCAUCAGGAAGCUCAAACGAAACGGCAACAAAGGCUGCGUCGUCACCUGAUAAUUCUGAUGCUGGUUCGAUUAAGAGCAAUGCGGGUUUCAUGGGAUUGGUGUUUGGGAUGAUGGGUUUGCUUUUCAUAGGGAUUUUCUCGUAA